AUGCGGCCGGUGCUGGCAGCGUGGCUGGCCCUGAGCCUGCUGGCAGGGACGGGGGCCGAGGAGAUGUGCGGGGGCCCCCCCGCCCACUCCAUCCCUGCGCCCCAGCUCAGCCCCGAAGAGCGGCUCUCACCCCACAUGCCUGAAUCCCUGCGCUGCGACGCCUGCCACGCCAUCGCCUUCCAGAUUGAGGAGCAGCUGCGCAGGGCAGAGGGGAAGGUGGGCAGGAAGGCGCUGAGCGAGCCCGACUACGUGGAGGUGCUGGAGAGGAGCUGCUCGCAGGGCUGGGAGAGCUAUGGGGUGCAGGAGCUGGAUGGGGAGAAGCGGCUGGCGGGGCCGGGGCUGCCGAGACAGGAGCCCAUGAGCGUGAUGGUGCUGGGGGGACCCUGGCCGGGCAGGCUGUCCAAGAUGUGCCACAGCUACGUGGGCGAGCGGGGAGAGGCGCAGAUCUACGGAGCGCACCAGCGGGGCCCGGCCGCCCUGCGGGAGCUGCUCUGCCACGGGGAGAAGGGGGCCUGCGCCGGCGGCAAGGCUGGGGGGUCAGCCCCCCCCAAGGCAAUGCAGAAUGAGCUGUAG